CAGCACACUGUCCACAUAUUCGCCACAAUACAACAAACAUACGGCGUUACUGUCCCAAAAUGGAUAUACUUAAAGCCGAGAUAGCAAGAAAGAGAAAAGUUCUUGAGGAAAAAGAGCUUAUUGACGAUUCCAGAAAAUACUUCAAAAGGGCAGAUCUUGCACGCAAGGAAAAAGAAGAAUACUUCAAAAGAUGUGGCUAUAAGAUUGAUAAAAAGGUAGAAAAUGAACCAUCCACUUCAACUAACCCAGUGUUGGAGCUGGAGCUAACAGAGGAGAAACUGCCAAUGACGCUGUCACGACAAGAGGUUAUUCGACGGCUUCGAGAACGAGGGGAACCGAUUCGUUUGUUUGGAGAGUCUGAUUAUGAUGCUUUUCAGAGAUUGAGGAAAAUUGAGAUCCUGACCCCAGAAGUAAACAAGGGAUUGAGAAAUGACCUGAAAGCUGCCAUGGAUAAGAUCGACCAGCAGUAUCUGAAUGAGAUAGUUGGAGCGACAGAGUCCGGGGACGUGGACACGCAGCAUGACCUGAAAGUUCAUGAAGAAAACACCACCAUAGAGGAGCUUGAGGCUCUUGGAAAAACCUUGGGUACAGGAGACGACAGUGGAGAUCAGGAUGUAAUCGCCAAAUUUUUAAGGUUUCUUCUUGGUGUUUGGGCCAAAGAUCUGAACAGUCGAGAAGACCACGUGAAACGCAGCGUUCAGGGAAAGCUGGCCAGUGCAACGCACUCACAGACCGAGUCUUAUCUCGAGCCUCUCUUUAAAAAGCUCAGAAAGAAGAAUUUACCAGCUGACAUUAAAGAAUCAAUCACAGACAUCAUUAAAUUCAUGCUGGAGAGAGAAUAUGUGAAGGCAAAUGAUGCAUAUCUACAGAUGGCCAUCGGUAAUGCUCCCUGGCCCAUCGGUGUGACCAUGGUGGGAAUCCACGCUCGUACUGGACGAGAAAAGAUCUUCUCCAAACACGUGGCUCACGUCCUCAAUGAUGAGACACAAAGAAAAUAUAUUCAGGGACUGAAGAGGCUAAUGACCAUCUGCCAGAAACACUUCUCAACCGACCCAUCAAAGUGUGUAGAGUACAACGCUCUUUAACAAGUGCAUUUUUUUUUACAUGAGAACAAGACUUUGGGAUCAAAUGUCUUUUUUCCUUCAACCAGCUCAUUUUUGCUACAGGUUUAUCAGAGAUGAGACGGAAAGUUUUAAACUCUUGUACACAGAUUUCUCUUGGAGUUGUUGUUAUAGGAGGAUUGUACAAUUAAACACUGGUGUGAGUGAGGAUUGUAAUAUACAGUCAAAGUCUUGGAUUCAACUGAAAAACAAUUGGUGAUCAUAAAAUAUGUCUUGGUUAAUGUUUCAGCUAAUUUGAUGUAUAAAACAGAAUUUCAAUCAUAGUUGUCUUUUUUAAGCUUUAAACAAAUAAUUCCUUACAAAAAGUCCCAACUCAAAUUUUCUAGUUUUUUUAUGUUGUAGGCAGAAUGUCAGUUCAUGAAAGACGAAGUGUAAGUUUUAUUGCACCUGCAUGAGCUCAAAUUUGAUGUAAAUAAAUGACAAAUACAUUUA